GCGUCUGCGCGUCUUUUGUCCAAAACCAAAACCAGCCGCUGAACUCUGGAGAACUAUUGACUGCUCUAAUAAUCUGACCCUCAACCAGGUUCCUCGUCAGGUUCCUCUCUCUAACAAGGCUUUCGGGUUGUAUUCAGCUGGGAGAUGUUUGCCACUGCCACCAACAACUUUGUGAAGGAGGUGGACCACAGAGGUUCGCUGAUCCCAGUGUCCAGCCUGAAUGACACAGUGGCUCUUCUGACAGUGGUGGUGAAGCGCAGUCGCUUCUGGGUCUGGCAGAAGCCCAAAUACAUUCCAACUGAUUUUAACCUCAAUGAUAUACUGACAGGAGACACGCCUAUAAAGCCAGGUGUCAUAGAGACAGAUUUCAUCAAAUACAAUGGGACAUUUGGUGACAACAUUCAGGGAACCGUAGAUGCAAAGUUCCCCUACUCCAACGUGAGCCUCGAGGGUAAAGACUCUUCCAAACUCCAGUCAUCAUUUGGCAGUUUAAAGAAAGAAGAAGUGGAUGUGCAGAAUUUGCUGCGAGAGUCCAAAGACAGGAUCCUAGAUAUGUCCCAUGGGCUGGUCCAGCAGACAAAGGAGAAGUCCAGACAGGCUUUUGGGAUCGUGAAGGAGCGUAUUUUGACGACUCAGCCCUGUUCGGUCAUAGAGGAGGUGCAGCAGGGAGGACAGUGUGGAGCAGGGCUGAGCCUCUGCGGACCCAAGAGCGCAAAGGUUUCCUUGAAGGAAAAUGGGAGCUUGAGUACAGACAGUAAUGUCACCAUGGAGAUCCCCAUCCAUACUACCAUUGCGUAUGCCCUUAUAGAGCUGGAGAUCAAACAUGAUGGGCGCUAUGAAUUGUGUCUGAUGUCAGACACCACCGGAUGUUUUGAAGUAGAUGGCCCUAAGAAAGGACUGUUGGGCGUCUUUGGAGCUCCUGACUCUGAAAAUGGCCACCUUGCACAAGAGCUGGAGCAACUGAGAGAUCAUUUCCAGCUGCUUUCAACUCUUUCCACAAGGUCUUCUCUACUCCAACAAAUCACAGAAGUCAUGGCGGACCGAGGGGCCGUCAGUUCACUGCAGAAUGUGCUGGAACAGAUGUGCUUUGAUAAGAGACCUGCCCUGGGUGAUGUCACAACAACAGAGUCCCAAAAACAGAACAUCCAAGCAAUUCUCGACCUUUUAGAGCAGUCUGGUCAAGUGGCUUCCAAACCAGUGCUCUCGGCAUUUCACCUGAUCACCAGCGCCAUGGAUGAGAUGACAAACGAUUGUCUUUCUGUUUUGGGAACGUGCUGCAGCCUCACUGUGUUACCGGCUCUGGAGCUACUGGUGCAGUGCGUAUCGGGGACGGGGGAGUUGUCUCUAAGCAGCGCAGGCGUCGCUGCGCUGACAGAAGACGUCUACGAAAAGACUGAACGUCUGUUUGCCUCCUCUAAUGUGUCCCUGAAGAGAGAUGGAAACACAGUGAAGACCGAAGUCAGCCACAUGCCAGGAAACCUUCCUCUGGUCCUGUGUAUCGCUGUUAGAGGACUCGCCUCGUUGGCCCACUGUGAUUGAACUGAAGACCCCUUAACAUCCACCCAAAACUUGAACCAUUACACUGGAAUGAGGUAAAGGGAAACACGUAGCUCAAGUGUUAUCGGUCAGGUUUUUUUUCCUCUUUUGGUGCAGUAGAAUUUCCACUAAGACAAUGUUUCUGGAGGGUAAUUAUAUAAAUAUACUAGUGAUGAAAGAAUACGUAAAUUAAUGCUUUAGUGAAUCGACGACAAAUGGUGAAACAAAAUCAAUUCAAUCAAUUCGUUUAGGUCAUUUUGAAGAUGUCGUCUUAGGCUCUGGGGAAAGUGUAAGGGGCAUUUUCCCCUGAUUUCUGAUUUUAUCCACACAAAAAAAAAAGUGAUUACAAUCAUAAAAAUUAUCCACUUUUGAGUCUAUUACUUAUUGCUAAGUAAGAGAGAGACUACAAUUGUUCCUACUAAAAGUUAAGCCACACCUUCAAGCCAAUUAAAACUGAAGAAAAAAACUUUAGCUGCAGCUCUUAAAUAUACUAUUUCACAACUGAAUUCAGAGUUACGCGCAGUCUUUGAAGUAGAAUGUUCACUACAUGUUAAAUUAUUGGCACAUACUGGUGACUUCAGCAUCAAUAGUUGUUCAAAAGUUGAAUAAAAUAUUUCUUUUUAAAAAUGGU